UUUUUGUUUUUCUUUCUUUUGGUUUGCUGUCAGUGUGUAUCAUUAUUUAUUUUUUUUUCAUAUUAAACAAAAGUUAUUCGAUUAAUAUAUGAAUAGUAAACGAAUAUUUUUACAUUUAUUAUUGAUAAUCAUCAAUAAUGUUAAAACAAUCAUUUUACAUGAUUAUGAUACGGUACGAUUUGCAUAUAAACCGGUUUAUGGUCUACCAAAAUCAUUACAAUGUAGUGAAUCAGUUUACCAUAAAUUCAAUGAAUGUGAAAUAUCAUCACAUCGAGAAUGGAAAAUUUGGAUCAAUGAAUAUUUCUAUGAAACGAAAGAAUUUUGCUGCUUCGUUUGGCAAGCGAUGGCUUGUGAAAUAGAAAUAGCUGCAAAAUGUAACCGGAAUUAUUCGCAACAGAUCGAAACAAGCACAAGAAAAUCGUUUACUUCCAUGUGCGAUAAAAUCGGUUCAUCACAACGAAGUUGGAGCUGUUGGUGGACAGAAGACAUGAAAAGCACUAUCGGUUUGGUUGUCACAGCUAUUACCAUUUUUCUGAUUGUUGUCGGUGUAUACAUUGGAUGUCGACAAUAUCGUGCCAAUGCCAAACUAAAAGAGCAAGCAAAAAUUGGCAAAAAGCUUAAUAUUCCAAUGAAAAAAUUAACAGCUGAAGAUACUGGUCUAUCAACAAUUCAUUCAUCAGAAAUAUCAACAACAAAAGUCAAUUCUACUGAUAAACCAGUUCAAUCAUCAAAAAUCAGAUCAUUAUUUGGGGGCAAGCUUGAAGCACGAGGAAAACCUCACAAGAAUAUUCCAUUGAAAACUACAAAAGGAAAAUUAACAGCUGCUGAUAUCGGUCCACCAACAAAUGUCCGAACAUUUCGAUCCGAUCAAAUACCAAAAGAAUUUACACAAAUGCCACCUACAACAACAACAACAACAACACAAAAUAUCAAUAAUAUUAAUAAUAAUAAACCAAUACAAAAUGUUUCGGAUAAUGUUUCAUCAUUUAAACCACCAGCAAAUGAUUCAAGUUCAAUUACAAAUCAAGAAUUACCAUUAUCAAGAUCAUCAUCAACAAAAUCAGCAGCAACAGCAGCAUCAGGAGUAUCAAUAAAAUCAGCAACAGCAGCAGGAUCAACGAAAUCAACAGCAUCAGGAGUAUCAAUAAAAUCAGCAGCAACAGGGGUAUCAACAAAAUCAGCAGCAACAGCAGCAUCAUCAAAUUCAUCAGCAUCAGGAGUAUCAAUAAAAACAGCAACAACAGGAGUAUCAUCAAAUUCAUCAGCAUCAGGAGUAUCAAUAAAAACAGCAACAACAGGAGUAUCAUCAAAAUCAACAGCAUCAUCAGUAGCAACAAUUCAAACAACCGCAUCACAACAACAACAAACACCACCAAUACCGGAUACAACACCGUCACCAUCAUUAAUUCAAUCAUCAACAACAACACCACCACACCAGCAACAACUAUUAGUGUACGAUCCUAAUCUAGAUCCAACAAACACUAUAAGAAAUCUAACAAAUGUUGUAAAUCCAUCGAAUUUGAAUGUAAUAUCACGAAAUAGAUCAUUUCUUUCUAAUUAUUUCAAUUUAUCACGUGUGUUACCGGGGUUUUGGCAAAACGCAACAUUCAACCACAACAAAUAGAUGGCGAACGUGUUAAAUAAAUAUAAAUAAACAAAAAAAUAA